CUUCCUCGGGACGCCAGUCGUCCCGGGCUUGUCCUCGCCGAGCCAUUGGUUUGGCAGGCUGCAUAGAGGAAGUGGCCAGAACCGGAACCCUCUCGUGCGCGGCCACGCCCCCGCGGCUCUGCCCCCGGCUGCCCCCUCCCUGCCCGGAGAUGCUGUCCCGCGGGUGGUUUCACCGAGACCUCAGCGGGCCUGAUGCGGAGACCCUGCUCAAGGGCCGGGGCGUCCCUGGGAGCUUCCUGGCUCGGCCUAGUCGCAAGAACCAGGGUGACUUCUCCCUGUCAGUAAGGGUGGACGACCAGGUGACCCACAUUCGCAUCCAGAACUCGGGCGACUUCUAUGACCUGUACGGCGGGGAGAAGUUCGCCACGCUCGCUGAGCUGGUGGAGUACUACACCCAGCAGCAGGGCAUCCUCCAGGACCGCGAUGGCACCAUUAUCCACCUCAAGUACCCACUGAACUGCUCCGACCCCACCAGCGAGAGAUGGUACCACGGCCACAUGUCUGGAGGGCAGGCGGAGUCACUGCUCCAGGCCAAGGGCGAGCCUUGGACUUUUCUUGUGCGUGAGAGUCUCAGCCAGCCCGGCGACUUUGUCCUGUCCGUGCUCAACGACCAGCCCAAGGCCGGCCAGGGCUCCCCUCUCAGGGUCACUCACAUCAAGGUCAUGUGUGAGGGUGGACGCUACACGGUGGGUGGCUCGGAGACCUUCGACAGCCUCACGGACCUGGUGGAGCAUUUCAAGAAGACGGGGAUUGAAGAGGCCUCGGGCGCCUUCGUCUACCUGCGGCAGCCUUACUAUGCCACUCGGGUAAACGCGGCGGACAUUGAGAACCGCGUCUUGGAACUGAACAAGAAGCAGGAGUCAGAGGACACAGCCAAGGCUGGUUUCUGGGAGGAGUUUGAGAGUCUGCAGAAGCAGGAGGUGAAGAACUUGUGCCAACGGCUGGAGGGGCAGCGGCCGGAGAACAAAAGCAAGAACCGCUACAAGAACAUCCUGCCCUUUGACCACAGCCGAGUGAUCCUGCAGGGACGCGACAGUAACGUACCUGGGUCUGACUAUAUCAAUGCCAACUACGUCAAGAACCAGCUGCUAGAUUCCAAUGAGAACUCCAAGACCUACAUCGCCAGUCAGGGGUGUCUGGAGGCCACCGUCGAUGACUUCUGGCAGAUGGCCUGGCAGGAGAACACUCGCAUCAUUGUCAUGACCACGCGCGAGGUGGAGAAGGGCCGGAACAAAUGUGUUCCGUACUGGCCAGAGGUAGGGAACCAGCGCACAUAUGGACCCUACUCUGUGACCAACUGUGGCGAGCAGGACAUGGCUGAGUACAAACUGCGCACAUUACAGAUCUCUCCACUGGACAACGGGGACCUGGUUCGGGAGAUCUGGCACUACCAGUACCUGAGCUGGCCUGACCACGGGGUUCCCAGUGAGCCUGGGGGUGUCCUCAGCUUCCUGGACCAGAUCAACCAGCGGCAGGAAAGCCUGCCUUACGCAGGGCCCAUCAUUGUGCAUUGCAGCGCGGGCAUCGGCCGUACGGGCACCAUCAUUGUCAUUGACAUGCUCAUCGAGAGCAUCUCCACCAAGGGGCUGGACUGUGAUAUUGACAUCCAGAAAACAAUCCAGAUGGUGCGGGCACAGCGCUCUGGCAUGGUGCAGACGGAGGCGCAGUACAAGUUCAUCUAUGUGGCCAUAGCCCAGUUCAUCGAGACCACCAAGAAGAAGCUGGAGGUCAUACAGUCCCAGAAGGGCCGGGAAUCAGAGUACGGGAACAUCACCUACCCCCCCGCCAUGAAGGGUGCCCAUGCCAAGGCCUCCCGCACCUCCUCCAAGCACCGGGAGGAGGAGGUGUAUGAGAACCUGCACGCGAGGAACAAGAAGGAGGAGAAAGUGAAGAAGCAGCGGUCGGCGGACAAGGAGAAGAGCAAGGGCUCCCUCCGGAGGAAGUGAGCUGGACGCCUUGCACAGGCGGCCAUGGUGCGGCCCCUUCUGUGUGUUCUCCUUCCAGCCCGGGCCCAGCAGCCCCGGCUCCGACACGCUUGGGGUGGCUGCAGCCUCAUCCUCCCUGCCAGGGAGUUCCCAGACCUUCAUCUCAUAUCCCAUUACCAGGCUCCAGCCACCCUCUGAUCCCCUUCUUCGCUUUAAACUGCAGUUUUACCUGAUCUCUGAAGAGGCGCCACUGGACAGACCAAGACCCACGGCUCACACCAGACCCUACGAGACCCUCAUCCCUUUGUAAUUUAAGUGACGGUGUUCUCUGAAUGUGUGUAUAUAUAUAUAGCCCAGCAGAACCAGGCCCUUCCUUGUAAAUAAAGUCCCGAACCACUGUGUUUUGCCUCCAA